UUGAACGGAGUCAUUCAUGAUUCAGGUACAGGCUAUGGUCCAGAAUCUGCAUCUUCCAAGAUGCUCUUCGCAAGAGGCCUUGCAAGACCUUCUCGCCGUCUCCCAUCCCCCAUGGCUCUCCUCGCACUGCUCCCUCAAGCCCUCAAGAUCCCUCCCUGCUCUAGCAGACCUCUCCCUCUCCUCCAGCGACGACCUGGACCCCUCCAACCCCUCCCUAGCCCCUCCCGUCUGGCCAGCUCACAGCGUCCCGAGGCUCCUUGGCGGCAUCCGCCCUGCAGCUGCUCGCCACCCCAUCAUGCCAGUGAAGAAGUCAGAGCGGAGGCUGCUGCAGUCAUCGUUGGAGGAGGAAGGAAGCUGGACGCUGGUGAAGGUGCCAGACAUGAACCAGGACGUGAGGAGGGUGUACAACGCGUACAUGUCUAGGGCGAUAGAGCAAUGAGCAGGUAUGAAUAAACAGACCGUGUGAUGUCGACGGUAGGGAAGGGGGUUGCGCAACUCUGUGGGAAUCUCUCUAGUUAGGUGGAUGUCACAAGUGCGUUAUUGAAGUGGAGGAAGUGAUGCACAGAUCGAAGAAGCAUUGUGAUGCAGCACAUUUGUGAGCUAUGCCAUGUUUUGGUGCAUAAGGUUUGUUGGAAAACAGAAGAACUUUUAUCCUGAGGUAUUCAAACUCAUUACUCUUACUCAAAUCAUGUUUUAUUCUUGUUGUAGUAAAUUUUCGGUAUCAUAUAGGAAAUGU